AUGUCCGCCAAUAUACCAACCACCCACGGCCGCUCGCAGCCAUCCGGAACCAACAAACCGGUUACCGGAUCCCAAAAUACCCUACUGGAGCCUAGCGAGGAUGGAUAUUCAAUCGGUUGGAUAUGUGCCUUGAAGGAGGAGUACGCCGCCGCUCAUACAAUGUUGGAUUUUGUAUUCAGUGGCCCUGGAACAUCCAAAAAACGCGACGAUAAUCUAUAUGCAUUUGGCAAGAUUUAUGGCCAUAAUGUGGUUAUCACGUGUCUGCCAGAUGGUGAAUACGGUACGAAUUGUGCAGCUUCUGUCGCAAAAGACAUGAUUCGAUCGUUUCCGGCGUUAAGAUUCACUUUGAUGGUUGGUAUCGGGAAAGGCGCCCCAACCAGAGAGAAUGAUGUACGACUCGGGGAUGUCGUUGUUAGUACCCCACGGGGAACCCUUGGCGGUGUGGUGCAACUAGACUUUGUACGGAGGCUCAGGAUAGAGGGAAGGGCUUAUGACCAAAGAAUCGGCUUUCUGAGCCCAUCGCCAAGGGUACUCCGCGCAGCUCAACAAGAGGUCAGGAGACGUUAUGACGAUCCGGGCUUACCAGAUAGAGUCGCCGCAAAUAUCGAACGAAUGACUCGGCAGGACUUUAAACGACCGGCUCAGGAUCGAUUAUACCGGGCUGAUUACGAACAUGAAGGCGGGUCAAACUGCGAUAACUGCAAUCCUGAUAAACUGGAAGAUUGGAACCAACAGCCCCGCUUAACAAACCGCGUCGUUGGCGUACACUACGGCAUGAUUGGAAGUUCUAACUCGCUCAUAGAAAGAACCGAAGAGAGGGAAAUGUAUGCUCGAGAUCCGGACCUGAAGAUCCUUUGCUUUGAGACGGAAGCCGCAGGAUUAAUGAACACAUAUCCGUGUUUGGUAAUUCGAGGUAUUUGUGACUACUCAGAUUCACACAAAAACGACGACUGGCACAAAUAUGCGGCACUUUCAGCGGCCGCGUAUACGAGGGAACUAUUGAGUGCCGUAAGGCCGGAGCAAGCUGAUAACCAAAAGGUCUGGACGGGUAUCCGUGAAGAUGGUAAGUAUGUAGGGUAUCAGUGA